AUGAGCCAAUUUUGGAGACCACCACUGUUCACCACCAUCAACAAUGGUUACUGCGGCUGCAUUGUCAUCGUCAACAAUGAACGCAAGUACCUACCUCUUACACAAGUCAACGCUCACGCCACACUGCUCGCCUCCACGUCCCGCACCAUCCUCACUCAGACAUUCAAGAAUCCAACAUCGCAAACCCUCAAGGAAUCACGCUAUGUUUUCCCACUUUUCGACGGCGUUUCUGUCGUCGCAUUUACCUGCACGAUUGGCAAGACUGUCAUCAAGGGCGUCGUUAAAUCCAAGCCCGAUGCCAAGAAGGAAUUCGACGCUGCCGUGGCAAAAGGCCAGCAGGCGGGUUUAUUCGAACAAUCAGAAAGGGCUUCGGAUGUUUUUACUACAACGCUCGGAAACGUCGGCCCGAACGAAGAGGCCAAGGUUGAAAUUACAUAUCUCGGAGAGCUAAAGCACGAUGCUGAAGUGGAUGGUUUGCGCUACACCAUACCUACCAACAUUGCUCCACGGUACGCCGAUGGCUUGGUCCUGCCUAUUCCGGAUCAUCAAGCAAAUGUUACAACGGAAGAGGCAUCUUUAGCAGUCACCAUCGACGUGGAUCUGGCCACUGGGGCUGCCAUUGAAAGCGUGCAGUCCCCGUCGCAUCCAAUCUCUGUCAAGAUCGGCACGACAUCCAAACGGCCCAACGACGACGCCUCACUACAAUAUGCGUCCGCUAGUCUCACGCGCUCCGACGUCCAGCUCGACAAGGACUUCAUCGUGCAAGUAUGCGCCAAAGGCCUUGGCGACCCGUCCGCCGUCCUCGAGACGCACGCCACCAUUCCGAGCCGCCGAGCCAUCAUGGCCACGCUGGUGCCGCGCUUCAACCUCGCAGUCGAAAAGCCCGAGGUCGUCUUCAUCUGCGACCGCAGCGGCAGCAUGGACACGGGCACGCGGCUGCCCAACCUAAAGUCGUCGCUGCAGGUCUUUCUCCGGUCGCUGCCGGUCGGCGUGCUGUUCAACAUUUGCAGCUUCGGCUCGUCGCACUCAUUCCUGUGGCCCAAGUCACAGCCGUACAGCCAAAAGACGCUGGACGAGGCGGCGGCACACGUACGGACCUUUACGGCUAAUAAUGGUGGCACGCGCAUCCGCGAGCCCAUCGAGGCCACGUUUGCCAACCGCGAGGGAUCGCGCAACCUCGAGGUGUUUCUGAUGACGGACGGCGAGACGUGGGAUGAGAAUGCCACGUUUGAGGCGAUUAACCGCGCCGUCAAAGAAGCUGAUGGCGCGAUUCGUGUCUUUGCGCUGGGCGUGGGCGCCGAUGCCAGCCAUUCGCUGAUUGAGGGCGUGGCGCGCGCCGGUAGAGGAUUUGCGCAGUCGGUUGGCGAAGAUGAAAAGAUGAAUAAAAAGGUGGUGCGCAUGCUGAAGGGUGCGCUGACCCCGCAUGUAAACGACUACAGACUGGAGAUCAAAUACGAAAAGGACGACGAGGAAGAGUUUGAGCUCGUUGAAAAGGUCAGCGAAUGUACGGUGGUGGACACUGGCGAGAAGGCAGACAAGCCAACCAAGACGUCGAUCCCCCUAUACGACUCGACCGUCAAGGAUGAGGACUUGGAGAUGCCCGAUGCCCAGGCGCUCCCACUGCCAAACCUGCCGACGCCGACAUAUUUGCAAGCGCCCUACACCAUCCCGCCGCUCUUUCCCUUCAACCGCACAUCCGUCUACAUAUUGCUUUCCGAGACGCGCGCGCACCGCACGCCCAAGUCGGUGGUUCUCAAAGGCACCGCGCCCCAGGGCCCGCUGGAGCUCGAGAUACCCAUCACCACCAUUGCCGACAAGGGCACCACCAUCCACCAGCUAGGGGCACGCAAGGCCGUGCAGGACCUGGAAGAGGGUCGCGGAUGGAUUUACGACGCCAAGCUGCCCGACGGCAAGAUGCUCAGCGAGGCAUACGCCGCGCGGAUAAGCGACGUGGCAAGAGAAGCGGCCGUCAAGCUCGGCGUCGAGUACCAGGUGGCGGGCAAGUGGUGCUCGUUUGUCGCCGUCAAGAGAAGGGGCGACAAGUCGGCACCGGAUGCGGCAUCAUCGGACGUGAGAGAUUCAACGUUGGACUCGGGCCAGGAAGAGUACGACGAGGACAGUGACGAAGAGGAGAGUUUCUGCCUGGUGGGCGACGUAUCGGCCUCGCUCGCCGCGCCGGGCGGCGCCCCGCAGCUUAGAAGCAUGAAUAUCAUGGCAGCACGCAGGGCACCGAUGAUGUUUAGCAUGGCGGCGGCGCCGUCGCCGUUUGCACCAAUGCAGGCAUCAGCGGCCCCGGCCAGUUUUGGUAGUGCCAGUUCGUAUGGGUUCGGUGCGGCCUCCCAUGGUCUACUCGGCAGUGCGCAGCCGGCGGCCCGGUCGGUGGAUUUCGACGGCGGCGGCGGCUCGCCGGCCUUGUUCGGGGCACCAGCGGCGGCAACAAACGCCGCUACAUCUGGUGGCUUAUUUGGCGGCCUGCAGAGCAUGCAGAGCAGGUCUGUUCAGCCGCCACAGCAACUGCAAAUGGCGCAACAACAGAUGGCGCAGCAGCAGCAGCAGCAGCAGCAGCAGCAGCAGCAACAACAACAACAGCAGCAACAACAGCAACAGCAGCAGCAGCAACAACAACAGCAGCAACACCUGGGUAGGGCCCGGCACCGGAAGGCGCCAAGCGGACGGCAGGUGGCGUUUGGAAACGCGCAGGACGAAGAUGAUGAAUCCUACCAAACCCCAACGAAAGAGGACGCCAAGACGCCGCUCGAGGCCAUUAUUGCCCUGCAGACCUUUGGCGGUAGCUGGACAUGGUCGACGGCGCUGGAGGAGCUACUCGGGGUGACGCGGGAAGUUGCUGGCGAGCAGCUCGACGUGGAGGCGGAGACGGCGGCGACGGUGUGCGCCGUCGCGUAUCUCGAGGCAAAGCUUGCCGAUGAGCAGGAGGUGUGGGAGCUGGUAGUGGACAAGGCGCGGGAAUGGCUCGGUACGACGCUGGGCGAGGAUGGUGUGGCGGCGCUUGAGAGGAAGGCGAGGCAGAUGCUCGGCUGA